GCAAAUGUAAACGCUCAGGACAACUAUCGUGCAACACCGCUACAUCGAGCUGCUUCACAGGGUCAUGAAAAGAUUGUUCCAAUUUUACUGAAAGCGCCAAGUCUGAGGAUUAACCUUCCAGAUUCGCUGGGUUGCACGGCGCUACAUCUGGCGGUGGAUGAACAUCGUGAAGAUAUUGCUAUAACGCUAGCAGAACAUGGCGCAGAUUUAAAUUUUGAAAACAAAGAAAAGCAAACACCUUUGGCUUUGGUGAAAAGCAGUGAAUUACGAACCAAACUGAAAGCUGCCGCUGAGCGAUACUCAUCCAAAAUGCUCUAG